CUGCAAACAUGCUGAGGAUCCUGUUGUUGAGUGUGCUGGCCGCUUUGGCCCUGGCUGAGCCCAGAUAUCUGGAGGAACAGAUUGCUCAGGAGAGAGUUGUCGGUGGAGAAGUCGCAAGACCCAACUCUUGGCCCUGGCAGAUCUCUCUCCAGUAUCUGUCUGGCGGCAGCUACUACCAUACCUGUGGUGGAACUCUGAUCAAACAGAACUUUGUUUUGACCGCCGCUCACUGCGUUGAUACCUCAAGAACUUGGCGUGUUGUCCUCGGUGAGCACGACAUCUACAAACAGGAGGGCCGUGAGCAGUACAUGACCGUCAGCAAUGUCUACAUCCACCCCAACUGGAACAGGAACAACGUGGCUGCUGGAUAUGAUAUUGCUCUUCUGCGCCUGUCCUCCAACGCCUCCCUGAACACAUACGUGCAGUUGGGCACUCUUCCCCCCUCUGGACAGGUUCUGCCCCACAACAACGCCUGCUACAUCACUGGCUGGGGCCUCACUUCCACUGGUGGCUCCCUCUCCGCUCAGCUGAAACAGGCCUAUCUGCCCGUGGUCGACUACAAUACCUGCUCUCGUGGUGACUGGUGGGGAAGCACCGUGAAGAACACCAUGGUUUGCGCUGGUGGCGGAAGCCUGUCUGGAUGCCAGGGUGACUCUGGCGGUCCUCUGAACUGUCAGGUCAGCGGUCAGUACGUCGUCCACGGUGUGACCAGCUUUGUGUCUUCAUCCGGUUGUAACGCCUACCAGAAGCCAACCGUCUUCACUCGCGUCUCUGCCUACAUCAGCUGGAUUAAUGGCAUUGCUAAAUAAGCUGAACAAUCAGAGAAGAAGAGAGACUAACAUCCUCGGGAAUGCCAACAUUUAACAUCUGUAAAGGCCAAAUAUACUUCAAUAAACUUUACAUGUUGAGCUGAA